CGCAAAAGAAUUUUAGUUUUGUAAUAAACUCCUUAUUUUUUUAAGUUGACCUUGUAUAACAAUAAAUUGGAAGUGUGUGGUGUCAUUUACAUAUUAAAUUUGAAAAAUGUGAACCACACAAAAAAACUUAUUUCUUUAAGAAUUUCCAAAACUUUUGUUUUUUUGGUUGGAAAACUUGGAAUGUUUUCAGAUUGCAAUAUAGGCCCAAUAUUAAUGAUCAGCCCAGCAUGUUCGUAGGGCCGCUCCCAACUUGGCUGCGUCCGGUCCCCAGCGCAUGGGUCAUCGUCUCACGUACAGCCAGCCUUACCAGCCGUCGCCGCCAUCGCAGCUUCUUCUUCUUCGUCAUCGUCUUCUUUGAAGCUAUCUACCUGCUGUCUACAUCCUUCGAGGAACUUCCGAUUCGGGUCGGUUUCCUGUUCGAACCCGGUUUUCGGAUCCGCCGGACUCGGGUUCUCGAACCCCCGCCGCUCUCUUUCCGCUGUUCAGAUGGACGCGCCUUCUUCCGAUCAAUCGUUACCCUCCCUUCAGGUGGCGCGAAGGAAGGCACUAUCCUGCCGGAAUUGCUAACAGAGUUUAUGGUUGAAAUGUCGUGCGAAGGCUGUGUUAAGUCAGUCAAGACUAAAUUAGAGGGCAUUGAAGGGGUUAAGAGUGUGGAUGUGGAUCUGGGUAAUCAAAUAGUUAAAGUUCUUGGCUCUUUGCCUGUGAAGACUCUGGCAGAAGCUUUGGAACAAACGGGUCGAAAGGCCAGACUAAUUGGGCAAGGGGUUCCAGAAGGUCUGCAAACUAUGACCUAGUUGUAUUGUUACUUCGCCCAUUCAUCAAGGGCCCGUUCGGUAAGAGUUAUUCGGCUUAAUCUGGUGGAUUUUCUGAAAGGAAAGAUUGCUUGGUAACAUUCAAAUUGAGCUUAAGUGUUGACACUCCGUAACCAUGUGUUGAUUUGUAGUUGUAUUUCAUUAAGAUAUAAGUUCUAUUUAGUAGGCAGCCCUGAAGCAGAAUAGGUAGUGUUUGACAUGAGGCACAUUUGGGAUAACCAGGUGACUUAUGUUGUUCGUUACUACUUAUUUUAUAAAUGCUUUCUCAUUCAAGCACAAAAAGAUUUCUUUUUUUAAUCAAAAGGCUCCAAUAUGGUGCUUAUUUAGCUAAAAUGGAUGUUACCCAGCAUUUUUCUUUUAAGGAAAAUCAGCCAAAUAAACCUUACCAAAUGUGGCCUUAAUAAUACUUGUGUUAUCUC